AUGUAUCAGGAGCAUGCGCACAAAGAAGCGCUCCCUCUCGCCACACGCGUCGCGAUCGCAAACUGGCUAGCCAUCGCCGUCCAUCUGUUCAGUACCAAUCAGGUCCACGUGCCUACGAUCAAGGCAUUGCGCUACCUCUACGGCCGACGCCUUCACGCCAUCGCUCAAGAUUGCCAACUUCUUCUCGCUCAGAGGCAGACCUCUCAGGGCCAGGCACCACCAUCGAUAUUGAGGCAUUCCAACUUUGGAGUCGCCUUGCUCGAGCCCUUGUCCGUCGCUCUCCAGUCUCAGCCCAUCGCAGCUCUCAAACUCAUGGAUGAGGCACUGCUACGCUGUCGACCUGACAUCUACAAGUAUCAGACCGAUGCACAAGCACAGAGCGACUGUCUGUCUCCGAUUCACCUCGCUAUGCUUACCGUCAUGGAUUCGGUCGACUUUCAGAUCAACUGCCGCAUCAACCCACAGGAGCUCCCCAAGAUUGUCGGAUUCAAGCCGAAACUCUCUCAGGACAACAGCAAGCUGGCAGAGCCACAGGAUGGCCUGCUCAGCACCACGGAAUCCAGCGACCCCAUCAAGGAUUGCCUCGAUUGGUUCAUCGAUUCGCCGCACGCCUUUCUGCUUUCGCACAGUGCUUUCAAGAACGCUCGAACCUCCUUCCUGCACUGUCUGUCCCAGGCAAAGGACCCGCAUCGUCUCCUCGACGAAUUGCAACAGGGCCGCGAUGCGGAACAGCCAGGCUUCGUGCAGGGUUGUGGCGUUUUGCUUCGAUCUGUGCUCCGCAAGAGCUCGGAAAAGGCUCUCGAGUUCUAUGACGAUUUGUGGUCUCGGGGCGUGCCCGUGUCGCCCAUGAUCCUUGACCGCAUCAUACAAGGAAGCGGCGGUCAGGCACCGUCGGCACGUCUCGAGGCGCUCUUCCACCGCAUCACCAACUCCAAAUCCGAAGACCAUCGUCUAGCAUCGCCCCAACUUUUGCGAACAGUGACCAUCGGCUGGGCCAAGCACAACCGAGCCGAUCGAGUCACGCUGCUUCUGGCUCACCUCAAGAGGCGCAACCUUCCCAAUCACGAUGCCUUUGCACGAACCGUCAUGAUCGAGCUCGCCGCGUCCCGCGGGGACCUGCACACCCUGCAUGACCGGCUGGCUGAACAUCACGACUUUGAAGCUCGUCACCAAGACGAGUGCGCCAAAGGCAAACGACCCCUGGACGGCCACGCGUAUGGCCUUCUCCUCAAGGCCUGCAAUCGCGCCGAUGACGUCGAUCUAGCCGAAUCGUACCUGACGCAGGCGAUCGAAAGAGGUGUGACGCCCAGAUCGUCCGACUUCAAUCUUGUCAUCGACAUGCACGUGCGCAGGACCAACAUCGACGCCGCCCUCGCCAUCUUCGACCAAAUGAAGGAGUUUGGUGCUCAGCCGGACAAGUACACCUAUACCAUCCUCAUCCAUGGCUUCACCUUGCGCCGCGAUCCCGACUCGGCUGCCCACGCGCUUCGUGCCAUGAUUGCAGCUGGCAAGAUCCCGGACCGCAUCACGUACGCCGCCUUGCUCAACUGUUUCGUCGAGUCUGGGCUGUACGAAGUCGCCAUCCGCCUCUUUGCGUGGAUGCAGAACCACGGCGAUGUUCGACUUCGCCCUACCAUUGAGGUGUGCAACAUCAUCCUCAAGGCGUACGUGCUCAGUUCCCUGCCCGUUCAGAAGGUGAUGAAGUUCGUUGACAGUGUACGAAAGCUGCGACUAGUCCCCAACGCCAACACCUACGCGCUGAUGCUGCAAAGCGCGUGCGACGCUGGUCUCAUGGACGUUGCCGAAGAGGUGUUUUCGGAAGCCGAGGCGGUCCUGCCGGACAUCGCUGGAGCAGGUGCGGGUCAAGGCGCCAACAUCUACCACUUCACCAUCAUGAUCCACGGCUAUCUUCGUCUCGGCGAUCACCAGGAGGCCAAAGACUACUUUGACGAGAUGCAAAGUCGGAAGCUCGCCCCCAGCGCCAUCACUUGGGGUAUCAUGGUCCACAGCUAUGCGCUGAGCGAGAACGAGGCCAACUACGAUCUGGCAUGCAACCUCGUUUCGCAGCUGAUCGCCGACGAGGCCAAAAAGACGUUCCGGCCGACGUCAUGGAAUGCCUCGGCGACUCGCACGGAACUGGCCCAGAUGCAAAAGGCGGAGAAGAGCUUGGCUAGCGGCACAAGGCUGGCGGCCAAGGACAGCGCGCCGUUCGAGACGCUGUAUACGGUGCUGAUGGUGGCCCAAGCUCGUCGAGGCGAGCCCGAAAAGGUCGAAAGCACGCUCAAGACCAUGGCACGCCAUCUCCAUCGCUUAUCCGUACCCGCGCUGACGCCGCUUCUCGAUGCGUAUCGAAGGGCGGGCGAUAUCGACGCCGCACUGCAACUGUUCGAGCAGAUCUACGCUACCGCGCUGGAAGCGUCUCGCAGCAAGAGUCGCCGGGUUUACGCCUACAGCCGGUCCGACGAUGUGAAUGUCGCAUCGGGCGCCAGGGCCGUUCAAACCUCAGCUCAGCGUCGACAAGACGCUAGCAGCCGCAACAUGAUCUGUCUUCCGGUCUCGAUCAUGAUCGACCUCCUCUCCGCCGCGGGUCGGCACGAGGAGGUGGCCAAGAUCUGGACGCGGGCCAAAAACGAUGGGUUCGGAUUCGACUCGGACAACUGGAAUCAUCUGGUCAUUUCGAUGGCUCGAGGUGGGCAGCUCGAGGAGGCUCUUUCGGUCGUCGAGCAUGUGCUCUAUCGUGAUCCACCGAACGCUUGGAUGCGCUCGCAGCUGAGUGCGGACAAGCAGACCAAGGCGAGCGCAGAUGCAGCGGUCGAAGCUGAGGCGGACAGGGUUGGCGUUCGUCCGAUCGACGAAGAUGUGUCAGCGGAGGACGACUUGGCUUCUUUCGACCCGUUGCCGGCAGAUAGCGUUCUGGAUCCCGCAUCAGCCCACGGACCGGAUACGACGGGCGGCCCCUCCUCCCCGCCCAAACGCCGACACGAAGGUCGAACAGAAGACGACCCCUACGUUGAGCUACCCUUCGACCGGCCGUCCAUCUCCGAAGAAGCCGAUUCGGACCUCGAAUCCGACGAGCCCCGCAUCGAACCAAGCGCAUUCUACAUCGAUCCGAGCGCAAAACUCCCCCUCGCGCGAGACCUCGCCCCGAAGUCGGACAGCUUCUCCCCCUGGUACGCACACCACGACACGAUGGAGGCGAUCAGCAGCGGGUUGGCCGAGAUGCGCGAGGCGCGACACGUCAUUCGGUUGCUCGACAAGUUCAGGACCGCAGCGAGUCUGUUGGAUCUGCACGAGAGGAAGGUUGAGAUUCUGAGAGAGAGGCAGAAGGAGGAGGCGGUGAGGAGUGCGAGGGAUUUGAUCGAUGGGAGGGGCUGA